ACCAGUCGCAAAGGAGGCAGCGGAGCUGAGCAGUUGAAGGACAUCAAAUGAAACAAGAGAGCUUCCAGCGGCUCCUCUUGAGUUUUGCGCGUAGUCUGUCCUCCCGUCCCGGAGACAGUGCGUUUUGAAAACAUGGAUGACAAAUCCAAUUCGUUCGCCAGCAACAAAGAGGAGAAGGCGGAUGGGAAUAACGUGUUUCAGAGGCAAGACUCCAUACUGAAGAACAACAUGGGGAGCCAGAACAUGAAAGACCACGGUAACUCUGUGGGUGUAAAGGGGGAUCGAGAGGAAACCAUGGUCGGUUUCGAUGAUAUAGAUGCAGCAGCCAGGCAACACAGUUUCAUGCAGCGGCAGUUUGGAGCCAUGAUGCAGCCCGGGGUGAAUAAGUUCUCCCUGCGGAUGUUCGGCAGUCAGAAAGCCGUGGAGAAAGAACAGGAGAGGGUUCAAACGGCUGGAUACUGGAUCAUUCAUCCCUAUAGCGAUUUUAGGUUCUACUGGGACUUAAUAAUGCUCAUCAUGAUGAUGGGAAAUCUAAUCAUCAUUCCUGUUGGAAUAACAUUCUUUUCCGAAGAGACCUCCACCACCUGGCUAAUAUUCAAUGUGGCCUCAGACACCAUAUUUAUGGUGGACCUGGUCAUGAACUUCCGGACGGGGAUUGUCAACGAGGAGAGCUCCGAGAUCAUCCUGGACCCCAAGGUCAUCAAGAUGAACUACCUGAAGAGCUGGUUUGUGGUCGACUUCCUCUCCUCCAUACCGGUGGAUUAUAUCUUUCUAAUAGUGGAGAAAGGGUUUGACUCAGAGGUGUACAAGACUGCCCGUGCACUGCGAAUUGUGAGGUUUACAAAAAUCCUCAGUCUGCUCCGCCUGUUGAGACUGUCUCGACUCAUCCGAUACAUUCAUCAGUGGGAGGAGAUUUUCCAUAUGACCUAUGACCUGGCCAGUGCGGUGGUGAGGAUUUUUAACCUGAUCGGGAUGAUGCUGCUGCUGUGCCACUGGGAUGGCUGUCUGCAGUUCCUGGUGCCCCUCCUGCAGGACUUCCCCCCAGACUGCUGGGUCUCCUUAAAUGGCAUGGUGAAUGAUUCCUGGGGUAAGCAGUACUCCUAUGCCCUCUUCAAAGCCAUGAGCCACAUGCUGUGCAUCGGGUACGGUGCCCGGGCGCCCGUCAGCAUGUCAGAUCUGUGGAUCACCAUGCUCAGCAUGAUCGUGGGUGCCACCUGCUACGCCAUGUUCGUGGGCCACGCCACUGCCCUCAUCCAGUCUCUGGACUCCUCCCGACGCCAGUACCAGGAGAAGUAUAAGCAAGUGGAGCAGUACAUGUCCUUCCAUAAGCUUCCUGCAGACAUGCGGCAGAAGAUCCACGACUACUAUGAACAUCGUUACCAGGGCAAGAUCUUCGAUGAGGACAACAUCCUCAACGAGCUCAAUGACCCCCUUAAAGAGGAAAUUGUUAAUUUCAACUGCCGUAAGCUGGUGGCCACCAUGCCCCUGUUUGCCAACGCCGAUCCCAACUUCGUGACGGGCAUGCUGAGCAAACUCAAGUUUGAAGUCUUCCAGCCCAACGACUACAUUAUCCGCGAGGGCACCGUGGGGAAGAAGAUGUACUUUAUUCAGCACGGCGUCGCCAGCGUCAUCACGAAAGUCAGCAAGGAGAUGAAGCUCACCGACGGCUCCUAUUUUGGAGAGAUCUGCCUGCUGACCAAGGGCAGACGCACGGCCAGCGUCCGCGCCGACACCUACUGCCGCCUCUUCUCGCUGUCCGUCGACCACUUCAACGAGGUGCUGGAGGAGUACCCCAUGAUGCGCCGCGCCUUCGAGACGGUGGCCAUCGACCGCCUGGACCGCAUCGGGAAGAAGAACUCGCUCCUGCUCCAGAAGUUCCAGAAGGAUCUGAACGCCGGCGUCUUCAACACCCAGGAGAACGAGCUCUUGAAGCAGAUUAUCCGUCAGGACCGGGAGAUGGUGAUGAUGGUGGACCGCAAGCAGUCGGUCACGGGAGUGAACUCAACACCGAUGUCUGGAAACUCCAUCAUUAACUCUCCAGCGCAGCCGCCCUACGCUGCCGCGCUGCAGCAGUCUGCUCCCAUGACCUACAGCGCCUCGGCCACCAUCGCCCCCACCGCGCGUCUCAUGGCCGCCUCCAUACAAGGCAUCUUCCCGGCGCCUAGCGUCUCCAUCGGCAACCUGAACUCGGCUUCUCCCAACCCGCAGACGCCACUGCAGCAGCAGGGGGCGCUCAUGUCGCCGUGCUCCUUCACGGCGGCCGUGUGCAGCCCUCCCGUGCAGACCCCGUUGGCCGGCCGGACCUUCCAGUACGGCUCGCCCACCGCUUCGCAGCUCUCUCUCAUCCAGCAGCCCCUGUCCACCCAGCAGCCGCAGCAGCAUCCCGCACAGCCAUCGCCCUCCACGUCAUCACAACAGCAACAACAACCACAGCCACCGCCACAACAGCCACCACCCCAGCAGUCCCAGCAGCAGCCAUCACAAGCGCAGGUGCCCUCCCCCCAGCGCGGCGACGUCCACAAGAGCACUCAGGCCCUGCAGUCGGGCAGCCUGAGCCGAGACGUGCGCCACCUCUCCGCCUCCCAGCCCUCCCUGCCACAUGACACCACGUUGGUGACGCGGCCCGUGCCUCCUCCCGCCUUAGGCGAGUCCAUGGCGGCGCUGCCCCCUCAGGCGGGCUCGGCCGCAGGGCCCCAGGCUCCGGGCUCGGCCCUGCAGGGGGGCAUCCGCAGCACCGUGCCCCAGCGGGUCAGCCUGUUCCGCCAGAUGUCGUCUGGAGCACUGCCGCCGGUGCGCACAGCGCCCCCUGCUGCUCAGCACAGGGAUUCCACAGGCUCAAGAAGAGAAUCGGCAGUCUUAAGCAGCACAGAGACAGAACAAGACAAGAAUUUGCGGUUUACGUCAAAUUUAUGAUCCAACUUUCAUUUCCUCUUUUUCCUCUUUUUUUAAAUAUGUUUUGAUUCAUUUUUAUGAAGAUAUAUAAAAAAGAAUACCAGACUUGAGAAUUUUUUCUUUUUUUUUUUCUCCAAACUUUUAAAAAAAGGAAAACCUCAUAGACACCCUAUGUACAGACUGCCCUUGUAUUAUAUUUUAGACACAUCUCCCCUUCAACUUAAGAAUGUAUAUUAAGCGAAUAUAUAUAUGUGUACAUCCAACUAGAAUAUUUGGCAUUGACUAUUUAAAAACUAGUAUAAACAUGAGUCUUCCUUUCUGAAAUAUAUGAACACAUACAUAAGGAGAAUAUUUCCUUUUUUAUUUUUGAUUUUGUUUGUCUUUUGUUUUUGUAACUGGAAUGCAACAUGAAUUCUGACAAUGACUUUUUAAUUAUAAUUUUUUUAAUCUGAGAGAAGAUGACAAAAUAAGUCCUUAUUUUCUGUGGCUUUGCCAUCACUGUGG